AUGACACGUCUAUCGCAGCUACUCCUAGCAGCCGGUGCCACUCUUGUUGGCCUCACUUCUGCACAAUGCAGCCUCACCCCCACGGCCAGCAUCGCUACCGCUGAUGGCGUCGAGUUCAAGCUCCUACGCACCGGCCUGCAGCGCCCUCGACACCUCGUUGUCGAUACCGAGGGAAAUCUUUUGAUUGCCGAGGCUGGCAGCAAGGGCGUGAGGAGGGUUGUCCUCGACGAUGGCAAAGACCUAGAUGUCUGCAUCGACUCUGACAAAGCCUUAAUCUCCAAUGCGAAUCUAAACCACGGCAUCGCUCUGACCGCCGAUGGUAAAACCAUUCUCGUAUCUACUCCCAGCGAGGUGUAUGCCUACGACUACGAUGCCUCCAAAGGCACUGUAGGGUCUCGUCGAACCGUCAUCACGGGUAUGAGUGCUACUUCGACUCAUUCCACCCGCACUCUCACGAUCCCUCUUGCUGCAAAUCCUAAUUUGCUGCUCGUGGCUGGCGGAUCCGAUGGCAAUUUGGACGUCGAGACUGUGAAUAAAGAUGUUGUGCGCAGUCAGGUGAGAGUCUUCAAGAUUGACGAGCUGUUGGCGGCGGAUGCUCCUCUUGUGUAUGGUGAGGCGGAGGUACUUGGCUGGGGUCUUCGAAACAGUGUCGGCUGGGCAGAGGACCCUUCUACGGGCAACGUCUGGUCCGUUGAGAACUCAGUCGAUAACCUUUACCGCGGCGACGUCGAUGUUCACAACACCAAUCCUGGUGAGGAACUCAACUUCCACGGCCUUCCCAACGACACUUCCAGCGCUCGGUAUGGCGCCAACUACGGAUACCCCGGAUGCUUCUCCAUCUACGACACUUCCAAUAUUAAGGACUACCCCGGCGGAGCUGAGGUCGGCAAGCAGUUUGCUGGUACACCAGACGGCGAGACAGAUCUGGGAUUCACAGAUGAGGAGUGCCAGGAGAAGCAAGCCCCAAGAAUUACAUUCGGAUCCCAUCUCGCGCCAUUGGACAUCAAAUUUCUUGACGGUAGUGCGGCAUAUAUUGCAUUCCACGGAAGCUGGAACCGCAACCCUGGUGAUGGUUAUCGCCUUAGCAAGGUGGACUUUGCCAACGGCGAGCCAGUGCCGGAAUCUAACGACCCUAAAGCUGAAGUGCCGCUGAUGUGGAACACGGAUAAUACCAAGUGUCCUUCAGGCUGCUUCAGACCAGCAGGCCUAGCAUUUGACAAGUCCGGAAGGCUGUUCCUAACCAGUGACUCUACUGGAGAGCUGUAUGUUCUCACUGGUGUAUAA